CAGGAGGAGGAGGAGAGAGGGGAGGGCAAGAGAGACAGGCUGCUGCAGAAAGAAUUGGUGCAGCAUCAGAAAAGGAGAACUGAGGGGGGGAGACAGUGAUAGGGGGCAAGGAGAGACCCCCAAUCCUGCCAGAUCCAUCUAAGGACCCCCCCAAAAAACAGCUCAGUUCCCUCUCCGCAGAGACAUGUCCAGCGAGAAAGCAGGCCCUCCAGAUUCGGGAUCCCACAGUUCCCCCCCACCUUAUAACCAACAAGGGGGGGAGGGUCCCUGCAAUGGAGUUAUACCAGGGUAUAAUGAUCCUCCACCACAGCCAGCCACUGCCACCCUGACACGCCAAGAUGCCCAGGGAUACCUACAGGAGACCCCGUUUUCUGGACAGCAACCUGCCCCCCAAGGAUAUGUGGUGCAGACUCACUCAAAUACGGGGACCAUGCCAGUGGGAGGGUACGUGCAACAAGCGACAGGGUAUCCGAUGCACCUGCAGCCGUGCACUGCCUAUGUCCCUGUCUACCCCAUGGGAACGCAAUACCAAACUGGAACUGUUCCACCACAGCCGGGGGUCCCACCUCCUCAGAUUCCCCCAGGAUUAGCUCUGCUAGAGCCACGACGCCCUCCUCAUGACUACAUGCCGAUUGCUGUGCUUACUACAAUCUGCUGUUUCUGGCCCACUGGAGUCAUUGCCAUCAUAAAAGCUGUGCAGGUUCGAACAGCCUUGGCCCGUGGGGACCUGAUGUCUGCAGAAAUAGCCUCCCGCGAGGCUCGGAACUUCUCCUUCAUCAGCCUGGCAGUGGGCAUAGCCGCCAUGGUCCUGUGCACCAUCCUCACAGUGGUCAUUAUCAUCGCAGCUCAGCAUCAUGAAAAUGACUGGGGUAACUGAGUUAUUCCUCCGGGACUUGGGGGCAACUGGAGGACAGGCCAAGCCACCAAGAUCUCUCCCAGCACUUUCUUAACUCUUCUCUCUUCAGUCCAUUUUUUGGAUUCUUUUUUUUUUUAAUCCUUUUUCAUUUUUUUGUUGUUGAACGUCUUCCUUUUCAUUUUCUUCUGUUCUCUCCAUCUACCCGUAUGUAUAAUUUCUGCAUUCUUCCUUCUUAGGUUCCAUCUUCUAGUUACCAUGUUUCCCUCUGUUGACCAUGUUGCCUCUCUCGUCUCCCAUUUUUCUUACCUACCCCAGUGAUCUCUAUCUCCCCUACUCUUACCCGUCCACUCAACUCCCCAUUCCACCUCCCUUGUUAUACGUAAUACAGGUGCCAUCUAGGGGUGUUGCGGGGUGUAAGAGUUUCAUUGGGGUAUUUUACAGCUAUGUUUCAAGGGUGCAGGAGACCAGUGGGCAGAGAAUCUAGACUCUAGGAGAUAGCUGUGAGAGACAGACGAAGAGACGGCAACGAAUACAGGAAAAUAAGUGGCCUAGGAGACAGUCAGUCCUAUAGACAGACACGGCGUGGACGCCAUGCAAAUGUAAUAAGACACGUGGAGUGAGUGGAGAAGACUUUUGGAGUGAAUGCGUGAUGUGAGAAGGUGGGCAGCUCUUAGAUACGGCGGGAUAGACACAGGGCAGCUGCCUAGGGCACCGGGAUCUGGGGGCUCCACUGAGUCUGCCUACAGCGUCUCAAAAUCAAGGAUGUCUCUGAGAUAGACAUCUUUGUUAAACAUAAUGCAGGUGUGGAACUUCUAAGACGCCUCCUCCACACUUCCACCUGAGGAGCUGGAAAGUGUGUAUUGGUGUGUGGGGAGGUGGUUGGGGGGGGAAUUUCAGUAGGUUGAAGCUUUGCCUUGGGUGCCGGGAAACCUUGCACCGGCCCUGGAUAGACAUGUCUACGGUGAAGCCAUUCGGUGGAAAGCAGGUGGUGACCCUCAUAUGCAGGCUUAUGCUGAGACGCGAACCAUUAGUGGUGCCGUGCUGUGUGCAUUGUACGUACAUCUGGUCAGACAGAUGGACUUGACAGGCUCCAUGGCUGACCCAUUCCCUUAUUUUAGCAGAGACAUCUUCUUGACAAUUUGAUCAACUGGCUUUUCUCAUAACUCUAAUAUGGAGAUAUUUUUAGAGCCUUUUUAUCAGCGCUUGAAACAUCUAGGUCAGAGAAGAUGCGGGAGAUGGUGAGACAGCCACCCGUGCGUGAGAGGCGACCAUAUUUACCAUCAGUGUGGUUUCAUAGUCUUGUUCAGCUUAUAAUUGCAUUAUACAGAGCUUGUUUCCGGGCACCUAGAAAAGGGGGGUGAGAUCCGUAGCCACCCCUGCGACCUAACACACAUCAUAACAUGUUUUAGGGGUGCAGGGUCCUUACAAUCCAGUUUGCAAUAUUAAACUGUAUUUCACAAUUAGUACAUGGGGGGCCCAGCUCGCUUUGAACAACAAAUCCCAGCAUGCCCUGCAGCCUGAGUGUCACAUGAUAUGGUUAUCCCACCUGCAUGGGAAACCCAUACGAGGAUAUAGGAGCAUGAAAGCGAGAGACAGUGGAAGUCUGAGUGCGUAAUAAAGAGACAGCUGCUAUAUUUAAGAACAGUAUUAUAGGGGGGUGGGGGUUAUUUCUGUGAUAAAAAAAUAUAUUAAUGGUUCUGGUUCUGAUUAAUAUUCUUUAAUAUUAUUAUUAUUUAUUUAUUUAUUUAUUUAUUUAUUUGAGGGCUGCAUUGUGGGUAUUUAUUCAUUAGCAUUUGGAAUGGUUAAUUAGCUGCAUUAUCUAUAAUAAAAUCCAAAAUCUAUUUCA